AUGGAGUUUGCUGUAAUGGAGUUUGCCGGCAUGGAGUUUGCCGGCAUGGAGUUUGCCGGCAUGGAGUUUGCCGGCAUGGAGUUCGCCAUCAUGGAGUUUGCCAUAAUGGAGUUCAGACGCCCUCACCCUAUCCUCCUCACAGGUAUACCACAGCUUCAACUACCACCCUUAGACCCUUACCACCUGAGCCCCUUUACCUUCAACCAGCUGCAAGGUCCGCUGCAGAUGAGCGCCAGCUUCGACGACAUCGUCAUCACCGGCUUGUCCAAGUUUAACCUCCACUACUUCGACUGGAACUAUAGUCUCAGGAAGAUGUUCCUCGGUGCCACAAUUCCCACGUUAAUUGCGAAAGGCAAAUACAACAUCAUGGGGCGGAUCUUCGGGCUACCUUUGCAGGCCGCGGGAGCGUACUCAACUAUCAUGAACGGCAUUGAGGUCGAAGCCGAGAGCGACUUGGAUACCCUAGCAAAAUUUUCAGCAUAUCUUAUAAUUUAA